AUGGAAGCCCCCCAUUUCUUCCGCCACGCCUCCCGCCUCACCUCUCCCUCUACCCCCACACUCAACACCCGCAUCCCCCCCAUCGCCCGCCGCACUACCACAACCACCAGCACAUCCUCCUCAGGUGCCUCAACAAUAAUCCCCACGCACAUCGUCCUCCUCUCGCGCAACAAGCUCCAGCGCGAGACCGCGACCAGAAGCCCCGACCUUCGCCGCUGCCUCGCGCAUCAGCGCCUCCUGCACCGCUCCAUCGAAGCGGCCCAACUGGCCGUCCGCGCCCAGAUGGCCGCCUUCUCCCUCGAAGACGAGGACGCCAUCGACGAGGAAGAGGAGUUCGAUGAUCCCCGCUCAUACACAAGCUCGCCUGUCGAGACGGCCCCGCCAGUCACUGUGAUCCGCGAACAGAUCACUGGUGCCGUUCGGGCAAUGGUCCGGCGACGCUCUGCCUCUGCCUCCGCCUCUACAUCCACAUCCACAUCUACAUCAUCCGCCGGUGGCCCCGCUCCAGCGCGGAAAAAUAGCGGAGCAGGGCUGAAACGCGUAGCCUCCCAACACAACCUCCUGGCCGCCCCCCACGGCGGGGGCCUGAAUCUCGUCAGCGACAGCGACGAGGGCCCCAGACAAGCAUCCGUUGCCGUUGUUGCUGGGGGCACGGCGAUGAUGCGCAAGACCAAGCGAUAUACGUCGCGGAUUGUGUUUGGGCGGCGGCGCUGGCCGCUGUACGGGCAUGCGCAUGCGCAGCAGCCCGCGCUGGUUAGCUGACCCGGGUUGGUCGAGGGGUGUUUCCAUGUUGUGCUAUAUUGUAAUGGGAUGGCAUGGCUUGUUUUGUGUGGUGUACAUUUACUUCCCGGGC